CAAAAAAUCAAAAAAAAAAAAAAAAGUUCAAACCAUGAGAGAAGAAGAAAUUGAGAAAUUGAGAGGUGUGGUUCGCGAUUGCGUCAGCAAACAUUUAUACUCGUCGGCGAUAUUCUUCGCCGAUAAAGUCGCCGCCUUUACUUCCGAUCCGGCAGAUAUCUAUAUGCAAGCACAAGCUUUGUUUCUCGGCCGCCAUUAUCGACGCGCUUUCCAUUUACUCAACUCUUCUCAAAUCGUCUUCCGUGAUCUUCGAUUCCGUUAUCUCGCUGCCAAAUGCCUCGAGGAAUUAAAGGAAUGGGAUCAGUGUUUGCUAAUGCUUGGAGAAGCGAAGGUGGAUGAACAUGGGAAUUUUAGUGAUACAAAAGAUUCUAAUGCCAUGUACUUGGAUAAAGAUAGUGAAGAUCGUGAAAUUAACAUAUCAUCAGCAAUAUGUUUUCUUAGAGGGAAAGCAUACGAAGCGCUCCAGAACCGUUCUCAGGCGCGUCAGUGGUAUGAGGCUGCAGUUAGAGCUGAUCCUUUAUGCUAUGAGGCCCUGGAAUGUCUUGUUGAAAAUCACAUGCUAACAUGCGAUGAAGAGAAAAGUCUUCUUUCAUCUCUGCAGUUUGCUCAAGAAGAUGGCUGGUUAUCUUCAUUCUAUUCAUGUUUGAUAAAAAAGUACGAUAAAGCAAGUGUUGUAGAAGAAAAAUUCGAUAAACUUGAGAAAGAAGAUAUAAGCGGAAAACCAUCAAACCAGUCCUUGAUUUGUACACUAAAAAACAACACAGAUCUUUUGGCGUGCAAAGCUGAAUACUACCAUCAAUGUGGUGAGUAUCAGAAGUGCUUUGAAUUGACUUCAAUACUGCUUGAGAGGGACCCAUUUCAUCUUAAAAGCACCAUGGUUCAUAUAGCAGCGGCUAUGGAGCUUGGACACUCAAAUGAGCUCUAUUUGAUGGCUUGCAACUUAGUCAAGGACCAUCCUCAAAAGGCGAUAUCGUGGUUUGCUGUUGGUUGCUACUACUAUUGUAUCAAGAAGUACGAUCAGUCACGUCGUUUUUUCAGCAAGGCCACUAGCCUUGAUGGAACAUUUGCUCCUGGUUGGAUAGGAUAUGGAAAUGCUUAUGCAGCCAAAGAAGAAGGUGACCAAGCUAUGACAGGCUACCGCACUGCUGCUCGUUUAUUUCCUGGGUGUCACUUGCCUGCUUUGUAUAUUGGAAUGGAGUACAUGCAAACUCACAGUUUCAAACUUGCUGAUCAGUUUUUCAUGCAGGCAAAGGCAAUAUGCCCUUCAGAUCCACUUGUAUAUAAUGAACUUGGAGUUGUUGCUUAUCAUAUGAAAGAGUUUAAGAAGGCAGUAUCGUGGUUUGAAAAGACUUUGGCUCUCCUACCAUCACCACUAAAUGAGAUGUGGGAAUCAACUGUGGUUAAUCUGGCUCAUGCCUUGAGAAAAUUAAAGAGAUAUAAUGAAGCAAUCGCAUAUUAUGAAAAGGCCCUUGCACUAUCAACAAGAAGUCUUGGGACAUACGCUGGUUUAGCUUAUACAUAUCAUCUGCAGGGUAAUUACACUGAUGCAAUUACAUAUUACCAUAAGGCAUUAUGGAUAAAUCCGGAAGAUCCGUUCUCCGCAGAGAUGUUGACGUUAGCCCUUGUAGAUGAAAGCCGUCAAGGUAUUAAAUAAUUAAUAUAUAGUUGAUGAAAAUCGAUAUGUAUACUUUUUUUUUUCCUUUUCUUAUUUUAUUGGUAGUAGGGAUCAUGUCUUUAUGUUGUAACAAAUGUAUUCAUAUACAACUACAAAUCCAGGAAAUCAAGUCAUCGCAUGUCUUAAAACCUCUGUGAAGUUGAUUUAUAUGAUACAAAUUUUGAUCAUUACAUUUUGA